AUGGGGUUCCUCAAGAAGAACAUAUUUACUCGUUUUGGUACCUCGAGGGCUAUUAUCAGUGAUGGUGGUUCCCACUUUUGCAAUAGAGCUUUUGCGGGAUUGAUGGGGAAAUAUGGCGUAAAACAUAGGGUGGCAACACCUUAUCACCCUCAGACAAGUGGGCAAGUUGAAGUAUCACAUCAGGAGAUCAAGAGUAUUUUAGCUAAAACGAAGGCUAUGUGGGCUUUGAAGAAGUUGAAUAUGGAUUUGGAAGAGGUGACCAAGCUCAGGUUGUUUCAACUCAAUGAGAUGGAUAAGUUUCAGUACCAGGCAUAUGAGAGUGCAGCACAGUAUAAAGAGAGGAUGAAGCAAUGUCAUGACAAGAAAAUCCUGAAGCGAGAAUUCUAUAAGGGUGAUCCUGUCUUGUUGUUUAACUCUCGGUUGAAGUUGCUACCGGGCAAACUAAAGUCAAGGUGGUCUGGUCCCUUUGAGGUGGUAGGUGUUUCACCUCAUGGGGCGAUUGAGCUGAAGUCUGGAGAUGGAACUCGGACAUUUAAGGUAAAUGGGCAGAGGGUGAGGCACUAUCAUGGGAUGGUUGAUGGGCAUAGAAUUAUUGACCGAUACCGGUUGAAGCACCUCGGAACGAGCGCUGACCCGGUGUUCGCUGAUAAGGAGUGA